AUGACUGAAAAGCAUAAUGGAGAGGAGGAUAUUAAUAAUAUAAAACUACAAGAACUGCUAGAUAUAAUAUUUAAGGAAGUUUCCGUACCUGAAAGGACCACAGAUCAUACACCUGAAUACCCCGAAUCGUUACUUCAGCAAACGCAAAAGGCUAAUAAAUACUACAAUUCGUUUCAAGGGCUUACGAAGCAGUUCAUAGAUGAAAGCAACGUGCGGUCGGAUGUAGUACGAUGGUCUAAGUCAGUAAUUCAAGUUACACUGAAGUCAAUAGUUGAUAAUUGGCAAACAGUAGACGUUCAGGGAACGGCAAAAAGUACGGAGGCUGAAAACAAUGACGAACAUAGGAACUUAAUGCAAUCAACAGCUAAUACCUUAUUUAGUUGGUCUUCUGGAGAUUCGUACAUUGAAUCCAGAAAAAGAGAAUUACAGUUUCGUAAUAGUCAAUUAAUGACAAACAAUGGAAGUGUUCAAGAUAAAAAGGAUAGUUUAGUGACUGACAAAGAAAUAGAUACAAAUCAUGAUAAGCUAAAAAAAAAAUUAUAUCUUGAGCUUCCAAAGGAAUCAAUUACAAAUAAGCUUAACCGUAUCGUGGACAGAGAAUCGAAUAAAUUUAUACAUAAACGAAUCCAAUUGAUUAAAGCUCAUCAUAGUGAACAGAUCUCUAAGGAAAUUCACGAAAGAAAGAGGAAAGAUCACGAAAGACAUCUUGAUAAGUUGAAACAAAAAGAAGAAGAAUACGAUCGGGCAUUGCAGGCAGCGACAAGCGAACAAGGUAAACAAAAUGGAUUUUUUGGUUCAUUAUUUGGUUUCAAUGCUGGCUCCAUUAAUAAUUCUCAUAGCAUAGAUUUACAGCCAGAGAUUGAAAACCCAAGUCCUAACAGAAAUUUAACGUCUAGUCCCUCAAAUAAGAACAAGAAGUUUUCAUUUUUGCCUACUUCGGGUUUAUCCUUAUGGGGCAACAUUACCUCUGUAAAUAAAGGUACGAAAGCAGCGAAUACUAAAAGUGAUAUUAAAAAUCCAGUAUCAGAUGACCUGGAUAUUGAUGUUGAUGAAAAUAUACCACAUGAGGCAUCCACAGACGAGCCAGGAGAAAGCAAAGAAGAAACAAUGAUAAAAAGAGAAGAUAAGAAAGAACAAGAUGAUUCCAACAAGAUACAGCUAAAGAAUAAUUUGGAAACUAAAGAACAACUGAAAAAAUUGGAGGAAACUACCACGCACAAGAACGAGGAUGAUUAUGAAAUAGAAGGAAAAACAGACCAAGAACAAGAAGGAGACGAAGACGAGUUUGAAGAGUAUAAUUCAUCAUUGCCGAACCUUUCAAUGGUUCAGGAACCUAUUAAACCUAUUAUAACAGGGACCAAAACAUCUACACGGUCUACUAGUCAUAUAGAAGUCGACAACGAUAAUUUAUUGGAGUUGUAA